AUGAUCUCCAGGAGCGAAGCCCAGAGGCAGAAGGGCGACGAGCUCCGGAUGCGUGCUGCUGGUAUUGACCCGACCAAAGUGGAUGAGCAGUGGGCCGGGGAGGUCAUGUCCCGGCGGCACAAAAAAGAAGUCAAGGUCGAUGAGGUACAAGAGAAAGAAAAGAAGGAGGCUGCAGACUUGGCAAUGGACAAACGGGAGGUUGUCCACAAAAGGCCAGAAGGCAGGCUCAAAUGGUUGCACAAGGCACUAGUUCUGGCCUCGAAGGGGCGGGUGUCCAUGCCAACGAUCUACGACAUCGUCAAGUCCUCUCAGUUCACUUCUGGCAUGAACUCAAAGGUCGGACUGCAGAUCAAAGGCAUGGUCCUUGCCAACCUCCACCUUUUCAAGAAGGAGCAGCAGAAAAGCCUGCAGCACAGCAGGCUCAUGAGCUUCUCCGAGGACGGCUCUGGGCCAAAAGGAGGCUCCGACAGCGAGGAGUCCAAGAGGAAACGCAAGAGACGAAGAUCUAGCUACAGCAGCGAUGACUACAGCCGUAGCCGAAGUAGCAGUUACAGCAGGAGUCGAAGGAAGAAGAAGAGCAAGAAGGAGCAGGAGGAGGACAGCAAGCCCAAAGACAAGGCAAAAGACAAAGAGAAGGUCAAGGAAAAAGAGAAGGACAAGGUCAAGGAGAAGGACAAGCAGGAAGAUCAGAAAGAUGCAAAGAAGAAGGCAAAAAAAGAUAAAGCAAAGGACAAGUCCGAAGCAGAUGUGGACGACGAAAAACCAAAGGAAAAACAGAAAGAGAAGGAGAAAACGAAGGAUGAGGAUGCAGGUAAAAAGAAGAGCAAGAAGGACAAAUUGAAGGACCCGCUUAUGAGCCAUCUGUUCAUGGAACAGGGAAUGCGGCGUGCAAAUUUUAGUGUCAUUGCAAACAGGGUCCUUGCCAAGAGCGUGUCGCAUGCUGUGUAUCGAAAACGUGGAAUUUGUUGUAACACUCAAAUCAGGAGUGACGGAAAUCGCGUCAUCUGGUUCCGGUCUCGCCUGAAGCUUCGAGCGGACUUGUGGUCAAGUUUCAGGGCGUCUCCUUUUCCAUGGGUACCAGCCAAGCAAAUCCUGAAACCACGCGCAAUUGAGGAUUCGCAGAUAUGA